AUGUCAGACGUCGCCAGCGUCCCAGAGCCGUCGGAGGCGCUGAAGGAGCAGGUCAACGACCAGAUCGAGUGCGCCAAGCAGCCCGCCUUCUUGCACUCGCCGCCCGAUAGCAACGAUGCCGGCAAGUCGGAGUCGAGCGACUCGGAGCUGAGCGACCUCGAGGACGAGCCGCCGCUGGAAGAUGCGCCGAUGUUCCCCCCGGAUCUCGGCGUUGAGGACGACAUUGGCGACAUCCUGCCAGACCAUUGGUCGUCUGGCAACGUGCCCGUCUUCAAGCCGACGAUGGACCAGUUUAAGGAUUUCAAGCGUUUCAUGACAAAAGUCGACAGCUAUGGAAUGAAGUCUGGUAUUAUCAAGGUGAUCCCGCCAGACGAGUGGAGGGAUGCGCAGCCCCCCCUGGACGAUCUCGUAAAGCAGGUCCGAGUCCGCGAACCAAUCAAGCAGGACAUCAUGGGGUCCAACGGAACCUACCGCCAAGUCAACAUCCUCCAUGGGCGAUCCUACAACAUACCGCAAUGGAGGCAGCUUUGCGAACAGAGCGAGCAUCAGCCUCCCGCCAGGCGUGGAGAGAGACGUGCAAAUGCAGACAAGCCUAGGCCCACGCGAGCUCGCCCUGCUGCUCCCAAGGGUGCGAAUGCCACUACUGCCACCGCCGCCGCCGCCACCCGGGGGGCUCGAGGGAGAGGACGACCGCCCAAGGGUAAGGGCAGGCAAAAGAAGAGUGAGGAGAGUCGGCCCAUGACUCCCGUCUCGCCAAAGGUUGAGGCUGAAGGCGAAGGUGCAGAAGAGGAAGUGAUGGACUCUAUCGAAAAGGAGCUGGGCACUGAGGUGGACUAUGAAGAGGAAGAUGAUCAACCUACCGUCCGCAGAAUGGGUGGCGUUAGGCCUGCCAAGCCAAAGAUUCAAUCAACUUCGGCACGUCGAAAAUUCAGCCGUCGAGAAGCCUCUGCUGUCAUCGAUGAGGCUGCCUUCAAGGAUUUCGAUUAUCGGAUGGACAUCUCCGAGUACACACCCGAGCGCUGCGAAGAACUAGAGAGAGUGUAUUGGAAAACCUUGACAUAUGCUCAACCACUAUAUGGCGCUGAUCUAAUGGGCACGCUUUUUGAUGAAAGGACCGAGAAUUGGAAUCUGAACAAGUUACCCAACCUUCUGGAUGUUCUCGGCACAAAGGUCCCCGGCGUCAAUACGGCAUAUCUCUAUCUUGGUAUGUGGAAGGCGACGUUUGCGUGGCAUCUCGAGGAUGUCGAUCUUUACAGUAUCAACUAUCUUCACUUUGGCGCUCCAAAGCAGUGGUACAGCAUUUCUCAGGCCGACGCUCGACGAUUUGAGACUGCCAUGAAGAGCAUCUGGCCCGCUGACGCCAAGGCCUGCGAUCAGUUCCUCAGACACAAGGCUUUCCUCAUCUCACCGCAACACUUGCAACAGCAUUAUGGCAUCAAAGUCAACAAAGUUGUUUCAUAUCCCGGCGAGUUUGUCGUCACCUACCCCUAUGGAUAUCAUUCCGGCUAUAAUCUGGGAUACAACUGCGCCGAGGCGGUCAACUUUGCUCUCGAUUCCUGGCUUGAGAUGGGAAAGAUUGCCAAGAAGUGCGAAUGUGCUCAGGCCCAAGACAGCGUAUGGGUCAAUGUCUAUGAGAUUGAACGUAAACUACGCGGAGAGGAGACUGAGUACGAAGAGACGGAAGAGGAAGAUGAUGAAGACGAUGACGAAGACGACGACGAGCUUUCCGGACUUCCGACUCCUCCUGCUGGCCACGGCGUGAAAUUCAAGGAUGCGAACCGCAAGAGAAAGCGUGGCAAGGCAGACAAGGGGACCAAAGUCAAGGUCAAGAAGAUUCGACUGCGGCUCAAGGUCAAGGUAGAGCCGCCUUGUUGCCUCUGCCCCAACGAUGUCCCGAACCUGGAAUUUCUGCCAACCGACGACGGCAGAAAAGCCCAUCGUCUAUGCGCUCUCUACAUUCCCGAGACAUACAUCGAUACAGUGGAUGGCAAAGAAAUCAUCUCUAACGUUUCCGCCGUGCACAAGGAUCGGUUAGAUCUCAAAUGCCUGUUCUGCCGAUCGAAGCGCGGGGCGUGCUUCCAGUGUUCUCAGAAGAAAUGCGCGAGGGCCUAUCACGCAACGUGCGCUGCAGCUGCCGGAGUGUUUACGGAGGAGCAGGAGGUUCCCGUAUUUGGUGAAGACGGGACGGAAUACAAAGAGCAGGCCUUUGAGUUUAGCUGUCGCUUCCACCGCACCAAGCGCGAUAGGAAGCUGGAUGGUGAUGCUUUGGAAGAAGACUCUCGCAUUCUCAAGGCUGCAGAGGCCCUCCAAAAGGGAGACAUCUGCCAGCUGCAAUAUCACAAGGGCGAAAUCUUUGCCGGAAUGGUGGUGGAAAAUCGGCCAGACGAGCGAAUGCUGCUAAUCGACCUUGUUCCCAAUGGCGACCGACUAGAGGUUGAGUGGAAAUGGCUGCUGCUUCCAGAUCCAUCCGACUACCACCUACCCAAGGCGUCGGCCAAUGCCAUCCCAUUGCCCUCUUCCCAAAAGGCAAAGGAUAAGCUCAAUGCCAAGCGCCAUCAGGGCGAUGACAAGCCACGAAAGGGCGAUCCGUUUAUUGAGGGAGACUAUUCUUGGGCGGAGUUCCACACCAGUGAAGUCGCCAUCCAGAAGGCCAAGGUCGAUUUUAGCAAGCAAGACCAGAUCUGGUAUUAUCUUGGAAAGCCUUCGACCGAGGCCAGAGCUCAGUAUACCGAAGAUCCGUCGAAACCACGGCACAACCCAAAGGGCAAUUUCCUGGACACACUUCCGAAACCCCCCAAACCUGUGCCUGCGCGACCGGUAUAUCAGCAGAGAGCUUAUGGAGUUCCUGGCCAAUUCGCUCACACGGGUGUUUUUGCGGGCCACAUGAUGACGCCUACGAACGCUGCGGGCUUAGAAAGGCCAUACGUCUACCAACCAAGAACCUCUAUGGGCUAUACUCACCAACUUCCCGGAACCUACUCAUUCCAAGGGACUAACGCUGCUCCGCCUCAUCCUCCUCCCGCUCACCAUCAGUAUCAACCAUAUCCAGGACAGCGAUUUGACCAUAUGGCGAGACCAAACGUGAUGCCUCAAACUCACGCACGACCGCCGCCACCCCUACCGCCACAGCCCCAAUCUUCUUUCCCAGCAUCAUUGACGGCAAGGUCUUCGGCAACUCCCUCAAGUUAUAGGACUGCUCCAGCUACCCAAGGCCCGCAGCAAUAUGGCAAACCCACUUGGCAAGUUCACUCGUCGGUAUAUCAAAAGUACCCUUUUUUCCAAGUAAAUCACAAUAGAGAGGCAUCCAAAUACCGAACCCCUUAUUCGCCAUGGGGCGGAUUCACCAAUGGUUACGAAGGCGAUUUGAGAGCGCACCUGCUGUCAAAUCAAAAUGAUCUUCUCCGGCGGGCAUCUUUGACAGCAAUGUCUCCAGUGAGCACCUCAGGGCCAUACCAGGCCUCGCCUUCUAGAAUUGCACCACACAGUGGCCCGGUUGUCUCCUCAGCACAGCAGACAGGGCCGUCAGCGCAACAAACGGCUUCCACGCUCCCUGCGCCAAUAUUAGGAACGGCUAGCCACCAAUACCAUCCGGCGAUCAAAGCCCAGUAUAGGAAUCUGGUCCAGCCGCCCAGCAAGCCCAAGCCAACCCCAGCCCCCAAGUCGUACAAGGUUGGCUUACCCGCAGCUAUCAGUUUGUCUCUGAAAUCGACUAAAUCCGCAAUGCAGGUUCCGUCCAAACAAUCUCCAGUGCCUUUACCAGCAAACUUCUUGGCCGCCAUGACCUCGUCACCUGGUACUCCUGCGCCAUCCUCUACUAAGAAUUCGCCUCUUCCACCGGCAAGCCCCCAAGCCGCCUCUCCCAGCACAAAAGCCGCUGCUGCAGCACCAAUUAUUGAAACUCCAAAUGGCGCUUCCCAUAAUGUAAUUCCAGACAUGAAAAUAUCCGCAGCUUCAAUAAUGCCAACUAUCACGACUAAUAGACACGCUGGGGAUGGCCAAAACCCUCAGUCCAGUCGCACGAAAUAUACAACACAUCAUCAACCCGAAGGGUUCCCAGACGUUCCGGGCUGCGAAUCUAUGGAGUUUGUCGAGCGAAUGAUGGAAAAUCUGAGGAAAGCAUCCCAGCGACGGCCUUCAAACUGA